CCGCCGGGUCGCGGACGCCCGGAGGCAGGCGAGAACCGUGGAGUGGUCUGAGUUUGAACGCUGAGUUUCGAAGGGAAGUGGGGGGCCGCAGCCUGGUUCUUUCCCCACUGCCUUCGGAGGACAGCUGUGAGUUCAGGGAGCGCCUGAGAGAAGGAAGCAGGGAUUCUCUGAGAGCCUGAGAUGGGAGAGCAGAGUUGGGGACAGCUUUGAAUCACCAGCGUAGCUUGGAGGCAGGUCCGCAGGUGCUUCCCCUGCUCCUCGGCUCUGAACUGACGCAUCCACACCAACCGGCAGCGCGUAAAGAUGGCUGGCAGUGCCACUACUCCUAAUCCCUUGCAGACACUUCAGGAGGAAGCCGUGUGUGCCAUCUGCCUAGAUUACUUCAAGGAUCCCGUGUCCAUCGGCUGUGGUCAUAACUUUUGCCGAGGGUGUGUGACCCAGCUGUGGGGCAAGGAAGAUGAGCAAGACAGAGAGGAAGAGGAAGAUGAAUGGGAGGAGGACGAGGACGACGACCAGGCAGUAGGGGCCAUCGGUGGAUGGGGCAACUCCAUUCGGGAGGUUUUAUACCAGGGGAAUGCUGACGAGUUGUUCCAGGACCAAGAGGAUGAUGAACCCUGGGUCGGUGACGGUGGCAUAAGGGACAGCAUGGAUUAUGUGUGGGACCAGGAGGAAGAUACGGACUACUACCUGGGAGGCUUGAGACAUGACCUGAGAAUUAACGUCUACCUGCAAGAGGAGGAGAUUUUGGAAGAAUACGACGAGGACGACGAAGAGCUCUACCCUGACACUCACCUAGCCCCGCCUCCAGCCCCUCCACGGCAGUUCACUUGCCCCCAAUGCCGAAAGAGCUUUAAGCGUCGCAGCUUUCGUCCCAACUUGCAACUGGCGAACAUGGUCCAGAUAAUUCGCCAGAUGUGUCCCACUCCUAAUCGAGAGAGCCGGUUGAAUGAUCAGGGCAUCUGCUCCAAACACCAGGAAGCUCUGAAACUCUACUGUGAGGUGGACAAAGAGGCCAUCUGUGUGAUAUGUCGAGAAUCCAGGAGCCACAAACAGCAUAGUGUGGUGCCAUUAGACGAAGCGGUACAUGAGUACAAGGAGAAAAAAAUGGAGAAACUAGUGAAACCUUGCAUUCCAAGUGCUGCCAUAACUUUGAGAGGAAAUUGAGGAAUUUCAGAAUUUCUUCAUCAACUUCUGCAUCUGAAUUCAUUGACUGAGCCUAUCAAACACCAGGUUUAAAAAAAAAAAAAAACAAACAUCAGCUCAUCCUUCUUUGCUGUUAGUUGAGAUUAAUCUACUGAUGAAGAAAACUGUACUUUGCUCUGUUCAGAGUAAGACUUUAAAACUCUGGAUGUGCUAUUUUCACUAAGCCUAGCACUAAAGACAGUAUUUUUGAAGUUGUAUGAAAUGAAAUUGGUUGGAAGAAAAAAAUUAGAGAAGUAUAUGUUAGUGGUGCUACAGCAAUGGCAUGCUUUAGAUCUGGGUCUUUCUCAAAAAUUGAAGACAACUGGCGAGAUGUACCGUAGCAGUCACCACCAAGCAUUAACUUCAUCAGCCUGCCCAUAAUCUACUGGAAAUCUUAAGCCUUGCUGUCAGCAUAACUGUUUUGAA